AGGACAUGGUAGCCGACCUGCCCCCGCACAUACGACGCGUACUGACAGGCAAAGAUGUCAAGCAACUCAGCUACGUGCUGCUACACCCCAGUGUAGUCGCAACACUCAUCCAGCUGAGCAUGAAGCAAAAGGUUGCGAUGCGCAAACACGCCACCAAACGCGACGAGCAUGUGGCACAGCAGUUGCAGGAGAGGAAGAAUUUGGUGGAUGCCGAUACACCCGAUGCAGAGCUUGAGAGCUACGACGACGCAUGUGCAGAAGAACUGAAACAAGCAGAUACAGAGACAAUUAGAGCGCUGGACGCGCUAGUUGUUGAGCAGCAGUUGGCUCUGGGCCAGUUGAAAGUUCCGGGGUUCUGGGUGUCGCAGGACAGGGAUGUUAUUACUGUACAGAUGGCCAUCUUGGGUUGUCUCUCUCAAUUGAUUUCCGGUGGCGUUUGAGGCUCGCUUUGGUAAUGACGUACGAGGGAACUUCUGGAAUUCAACUCGUAUAUAUACAUAUAUAUAUAUAUAGACCAUAUACGCUGAUCGAUGUGUAUCCGAGUGCCGACACAUCUCGAGAGAAGAUGUGACGCUGACAUGAUUCGUAUCACUCCGGUGGAGCUGGCUGGGAGUUCUACAUCUGUGACUGUAGGGAUAGCGCAUCUAUGGCUGUUCCGUAGUAUAUACCUAGUUAUAUAUUAAGAAGCAUGGUUGAGAAAUCCGUUUAAAAGUGGUAUUCGCUGAUGACCCGUGAUCUGGCUAUGAGACUAUAUCAGCAACGUGCCAAUGGAACGUGGGACGAGAGAACGGUAUCGGCGAAUGUCCGCCAGCCUGCGAUAGUGUAAAGGGUCGUAUGCUACAGCUUUCGGAUUUUGUUAACGUAUUGUGUGCGCGAUAUGGAUAACACUGACACUCACAGUUACAGUAGGGUGUUCCGUAGCUACUCAGUGCUUACGCUCGGCGCUGAUUUAAAACCCGCGAUUAUAGUUAACUGAUAUAAUUAAUUGUGAACGACGUAUGGGAGACCCCGAUGGAGAUUCGGGAGUACAGAGAUGCCGUAUUGGAAUGCUUUAUGUAGUCGCGUGCCUGGCAAGGCAGAUGAAAUGAGCGACUUUGACUGUCGACAUCGAUGUCAAUGAUGCAAAAGCCGAUCUCUUUGCUGGUGGAAUGUGCAGACUUGAGCACAAUCAAAUGGUUGCAUAUACGCAGUAGGUUGUUAGUGUAGUCUAAUACAUGGUUCGAGAGCACCUUCGUGAUCAUCCUUUAUGGCCAAAGACCAAGUACUGGGCUGAUCAAAACCAUCCAGCAGUGAGUUGAGAAGUGCUCUGGAGGGAAACUAACAGGGAUUCGAUAUCAAUAAACUGAACUAUAUUUGCUGGUCAUGCA